AUGGCCAGCGCCGGCGCCAAGGUGCGGGAAGGGACGCCGCCGCCCGUGGUCCGGAAGGCUGGGAGCUACACCAUCUUCAUCACCCCUCCGACCACGCCGAAGACGCCCUCCGGGAGCCCCCAGCCUCAGGGGAACUGUUGUAAGCCUGCGCCCAGGAGUGCCGCUCGUCCUAACGCCAAGAGUGCGGCGGCGCCUCCGCCUGCCAAGUCUCCUCCUCCGCCGGUUCAGGUCCCGCCGCCGCAGUUUGUCGCUGCUCCCAGCCCCCGACCCUCGAAUCCCAGGUUGGGGUUUUUCUGGGAUGCGGUGGCCAAGGUCCAAGAUGGUAGCUUCUGCCACCCGAAGGGAAAUCUUCUGGUCGCUCGUUCUUGGCUUGGAUCUCUUCUCAAACUGGGUUUGGUAAUCCUUGGCAGCGCACUCGAGCUUGGACAGCUUCUUGGCUGACUGGUUCGGGCUGAACCAGUCCAAGUACCAGUGGGCUCUGAAUGAUUUCUACCAGAAGAAGGGAAUGGUGAGUUCGACUUCUCCCAUCUUCUGACUAUAACUCUGCCUUCUUUGGGCUCAUUCAAGCGCCAGCUUCUGCGUCAUUUUCUUUGAUUUCUCGGUCUCUAGCAUGUUCAUAGGAGGCAAUGAAACCCAUCCCUCACCGUACGACGAGCCCAUCGGAUCAAGUAAAUCUGAUGAUCCACAGAUAAUCUACGACGAACCCAUCAUGUAAAUACGCGCCUGAUUUCUUGAUUUUUUUAUCAUAUUUGGGGCGUUCAUUUCAUUUUCUUGUUGGAAUGUUUUGAAUGAUGCUAAAAAAUAAUUGCCUUUUCCCCCUUGAGAUAUCCCACCUUGAAAAAUACAGGAGGCAAUGCUAUCUCGCUAUGUGGAUGA